UCAUGUACACUUAGAUAAAACAGAUAUUGCUAUUUGUCUCUUUCUCGUCCUCAGUGUAGUUGUCGGCCAAUAGAAAGUAGACGUACAUGAGAGUUACGCCUUAAAACGUCUGUACAAUAUAAGACCCUUACCACUGUGAGCCAUAUUUGACAGUGGGUUGUGUCUCGUGUGUAGUGAGUGAAUAUUGUGUGGUGUUUUUUAAAGAACCUGUAAAUACUCUUAAAUUAUCGCAAUGGCUACGGGUUUGGAUGAUGCGCCAGUUUAUUCGGCGUUUUUUGGUGUAAUGGGUGCUGCUGCAGCUAUAAUAUUCAGUGCGCUCGGAGCGGCGUACGGGACGGCGAAGUCUGGCACGGGCAUCGCCGCGAUGUCUGUGAUGAGGCCGGAGCUCAUCAUGAAGUCCAUCAUCCCCGUGGUGAUGGCGGGCAUCAUCGCCAUCUACGGCCUGGUGGUGGCCGUGCUGAUAGCGGGCUCCCUGGAAGAGCCGCCCAAGUACAAGCUCUACAAGGGCUUCCUGCACCUGGGGGCCGGCCUGGCCGUGGGCUUCAGCGGCCUGGCCGCGGGCUUCGCCAUCGGCAUCGUGGGCGACGCCGGGGUGCGCGGCACCGCCCAGCAGCCUCGCCUCUUCGUCGGCAUGAUCCUCAUCCUCAUCUUCGCCGAGGUGCUGGGGCUCUACGGCCUCAUCGUCGCCAUCUACCUCUACACGAAAUAAACCUGUCGGGGGCGCCUCCUGUCCGUAACAAUUAUUUUCCAUCGUUCAUGUGUAAUACAUUUAUACCUUGUAGCCGGAAGUCAUCUUCGAGUGAUGGAUGCGAGAGGGGACGUCGUUUUCCGAUCGGUGUCUCACGCGAGGUGACUUCCGGCCUCAUCUGUAAUUAUAUUAGCCUAGUUGAUGGAUAAAGCACCUGGGUUGAAAAAGAGAGCACAAUGAUCGGCAAGAAAAUGUUUUCACCUGUUAGAAGUGUGUUGUUUGUCGGAAUACAGAGUUUUGUAUGAGUUUUUAUUUAAUUUGUGUAUGAUGUUAUAAAGGCUGUAUAUUGCAUGCAAACAUAUCACUUUUGAUAGAGGUCAACAUUUCUCCAGAAAUUGGUUUAGCUUGUACAUAAAACUGAUUCAAAUUUAAAAAAGAGAAAAAAGAAAAUUGAAAAAGUAGUAUUAUGUUUUAGUUUUUUACAAUCUGUUAGGGUCACGUGAUAGUUGUUGAUGCCCGUUAAGUUGACGUUUUCAGUCCGACAACAUAUUUCUUGCAUGAAGGCAGCGUCGAGAUCUAUGAUGUAUAUAUAUAUGUAGCGAAAACCCGAGAACGAACGCUCCGACCACCACCGAGGUGGGCGGUGUCUAGCUUUCAGUGUGGCUGUGUGUACCUCAUCUCCCACAUUUGUAGGUCGACAGACUGUGCUAUAGUUGCAAACAUUUGCAAAGUAGUUAAAAAAUUAGUGUUAGCAUUCAGUGUGAGAUUAAAUGGGAAGGGGACUACUUCAAUGUGUACAUUCCAUAUUCUGCCAUUGCUGAUGUAAUGUAAAAAAAAAAAGUAGAAUAUAUUAUUUACUGUUGCAAUUGGUUAACUAUUGGUUCAGUGGUACUUGCUUGGCUUUGAAACUGCCAAGGUCCAACAGAGACUAACAAAAGUCCAGGAGAAAUGUUCCCAAGAAAAAUGGUAAUGAUUCUCUUGCGAUGGUAGUGUGUUCGGUAUUCCACCUGCGAUAACGGGUGGUACAAGUGUAAAUUACUUGCCAGCGGAACACACUUUAAUGUGCAGUAUUAAUCUGUCAAUUUCAUGUUAUCUAUUUGAUGUACAGUACUUAGCUAUUGGUAACCAUUUUAAUUUAUUUUUUUUGGAGGCUGUAAUAAAAUGAAUCUGAAUUUUUAUGAAGGUGAUUCUCAGUAAACUUAAUUUUUACUAAGAUCUGUGUCUUUCCUGAUCUUUUUUCUUCAAUCUCUCUUUGUAUACACCUUUUAUUAAAAAUUUAUAAACUUAGUAAUUUUUAAGUUUUUUAUAUAUAUAUAAUUUAAUGGGGUAUACCAUGAAUCCACAUUAAUUGGAUUGUCUAUUCAAAAAUCACACCUAUAACUUCCAAUAAUUCUUGGAUUUCAAGUGUAAACUUAAAGCGGAACUUAAAAUACCAAUGUGUGAAUAUGUAGCAUAGUGAUAUGUACUGUCAUUCAUUCUUAUGUAUGAGUGAAAUGUGUUUUGCUGUAUGUGAAUGAAAAUUUGGAAAAAAAAAUAAAUUGAUCUGUGUAA